AUGUGUCGGAAACGUAUUGCAACAAAUUGGAGGCCACCAGGGCGAGAUGGACGGGAAGGACCUCAAGGAAAGCCAGGAAUGCCAGGGGAAGAUGGUCUGCCAGGACCACGGGGGUUACCAGGACCACCAGGUCAACAAGGUGAGCCAG